AUGGCUCCCGCUUUGGAUCUGAAAGCUGGCCAGACCGUGGAGGUCCGACUCGAAAAGCCGAAACCCACCAUCCACCGCGGCACAAUCAGAUACAUUGGCGAGGUAGCUGUGCCUGGCCAGGAGGGGAUCGAAUUUGUUGGCAUCGAGCUUCCAGGUGCAACGGGAAAGAACGAUGGCUCGGUUCAGGGCGAACGUUACUUCCAAUGCCCUCCAAUGCAUGGGUUAUUUGCAGCGCGCGACAAAGUCACCAAGAUAAUUGCACAACCGCGGCCCGUCGCACCCAAAGCUGCACCCCCGAAGCCAUCGGCAUCCAGCGCAAGACCUCGCCCUUCCAGCGUUGGCGCCUCCCAGACCACAACACGGCCUGCCAGGCUUUCUUCCGUGGGUGGUUCCAAACCGACGACGUUACAGGCCCGACUCGCCGCGGCUGUGAAGCCGUCUUCACCCGUGAAGUCGGCAGCUACCGCACGUCCGCCGUCUACUACCCGACCACCUUCUGCCACUUCGAGAGCAUCCGUAACUCCAUCGGCACAGUCAAGACGUGUAUCGGUCGCCGGCUCAUCACAACCCUCUGCUACAACUCGGCCCUCUCGCAAACCUUCAUUCUCCUCCGCCGCUUCUCUCGAGACACGCUCUGUAGCGCCGUCCACCACCGCUACUUCUGCCACAAAAGCGCCUGCAGAGCGCACUCGACAGAUUCCAGAGGCUGAAUACCGACGUCUGCAGAAACAACAGGAGGAUACCUCACAGCUGGAAGCUGAUGUGCUGAAGCUGCGUACUGAAAAUGAAAGAUACAAGGAGACCAUUUUCCCUAAGCUGAAUGAGAAGGUCCAGAAGUAUGGCACCGAAAAUUCCAGUUUCAAAGAGGAGAUCGCUCACCUCAAGGGGGAGAAUGACAAGUUGGAAAAGGCCUUACAAGAACGCGAUACAAUGGUUGAGCUAGCUACUAUUGAUAAAGAAAUGGCAGAAGAGCAAAGGGAACAGCUCGAAGCUGAACUUGAGAACGAGCGUGCCAUUGUCGAGGAACUCCGACUCGAAUUGGAAAUCAAACAGGAAGAAGCAUCCUUCAUCGAUGACGAUAUGCCGGAGGACGAGAAGCAAGCUGCUAUGCUGCGUCAAGCCCAGAACGAGAGGGAUCGAUACCGUGAGGGUAUUGUCAGGCUCCGAGACAUGACAAGAGAGCAAAUCAAAGGGCUCGAGACCCGCAAUCGCGAGCUGGAGGCUCAAGUCGCUCACACGGAAAUCGUCGAAGCCGACCUUGCCGCAGCGAAAGACGAAGUCGUCAAGCUCGAAGGUUAUAUCUCGGAUUUGCGUGAAAGGGUCGACACAAACAACGAGAUGGAGGAGAUGAACGAAGAACUCAUAGACAAGAUUGCGACCCUAGAGGACUCAAUCUCGCGCCUUCGACUUGAGCGUAGGGAGCUCUCCACCAUGAUCGAAGUCAGCAACGAAACCAUUAACGACUAUGCGGAACAUGCGGAUGAUUUGGAAGCCGAGCUCGAGACUAGGGAUUCCCAGCUCGCCGAUGUCUCCCGUCAGCGCGAUGCGGCUGAAAUCGAUAAUGCCGAACUGCAAGACCGUUUGUCCAAGUAUCAGACGGUCGCCAUGGAAUUGCAAUCCCAGGUUCGGGAUCUACGAGCAGACAAGGCGACAACAGAAGAGGAGGUCAAGGAUGUUACUGGACGUUUCAAUGAAGUCAUGGAACUACAACGUCGACUUCGUACCGCGGGUGUCAAAGAUACGAAUCGUCACAUCGAUGCAUCGCUGCAACAUUUGGCGGCGAGAGACGCACAGGAAGAGCGCGAUAUGAUCAAGCACUAUCUUACGGAGUCUUCAUACGCCGACUUCCACAGCUCAUCGGUUAAGGCCUACUUUAGGGCUAAAUCGAUUAGCUUCAAAGCUGAGUUGACUGCAUCUGUCAUCCGCACGAUUACCACCGACCAGUUUGGCGCCGAGCAAGGCCCUGAACAAACCCUAGACGUGCUUGUUCGUCAUGACGUUGUCGGCCAUUUUGACUACAUUCACACAUACGCCGAGCAGAUCUGGAUAGCUAUGGCGUCUUGCUCGCUGGAUGAAUUUGAGAAAGCCGGCCAAUUAUUCCAAGAGUUUGAGAGCGUGCUACGCACUGUAGAAGGUUGCAUGGGCAGUCUAAAGCGCGACGAACUGAAUCUGAAAGAUUCUCUGGAGUCUGCGCGCGGGUCAUACAACGUCUUGGGGGCAAUAUACCGCUCCAAUAGCUACCUCUCCCAUGCUCGACCGGAUAGCACUAUCAUCUUGCAUGUGUCUGUAAUUCGAGCCAGUCUGGAACGCAUUCGAUCAGUCUUCGAUGCUGUCAAGACCUUUGUAUCGCGCGUGGAACCCAUCUAUGAGAAUGUUGAAGACCAUGUAGAUCUCGAUGCAUUCGCGGAACCAGCACAAACGGCCACCGAAGCGCUCAACAUAGUUACCAAGUUUAGUUCUGCUUUGCAGGCACUGCAGAAGGAUGGCCUGUAUCCCAGCCUGCCCGAUGGCAUUGAAGGCCUCAUCGAUAUCAGCGAAUCUUUAGACCGAUUCGCGAACAAGGCGCAAGAAACCGCAGUAACGUUCAUCCGCCUGGUGUUGGGCAAACUCGGGAAAGAACCCGAAGGGUUUGACGCCACUAUGAUGUCCGCUCAGCUCGAGACUCUGUUUAAGAAAGAUCUCCUGGGCGAACUGCACGCAUCUGUGAAUGGUGUUAAGUCACGCAUCGGACAAUGGCACGAACACGCUUCAAUCUUGAACAACUGCGUCGAAGUCCAGCUACAACCCGCCCCUUGGUUUGUUAAAGCUCAGCAGAUUGAGGCAGAGAAAAAGCAAUCAAUCGAAUCUGAGAAGAAGCUACAGCUCAUGACCACCGAGCUUCAGUCCGCGUUGCUGCAGGUGCGCGAACGACAGGAGACCAUCGACACCAAGGAACUUGAGAUCGAGCACCUGAGGGCUAGGAACCAGGAGGCUGCUGUGAAGGCCGGCACGAUUGAAACGCUGCAGACCGAACUAGAUAAAGCUCGCUCCGAGCGCGAAAUCUACCGAUCCGAGGCCGAGACUCUUCGGUCUGAGAUUACUCGUCUUGAACGUGAAGGAGUUCCUCGUCAAGACGAUGACUCUCAAACAAUUCCAGCUACGCCGCAGCCUACCCGCGAGCGAUCCGAGGUUGUGGAGGCUCCGCAAGCCAAUACAUCCAGCUCUUUCAUCACACUUGUCAAGGCCCUCACAAACGAGAACCAAUGGCUCCGCCAGCGGGAGAGUUCAGACAUGCUAUCGUUCAAUCUCGAGGCUGUCUUCACAAAGACGCGCACCGACCGGGCGGCACGUGUCAAAGCAGAUGCCCGCAACAAGCAAGCUCUGGCUGCUGAGAUGCUGGACAUGGCUUUUACCUCACAUCUCAUGGGUGUCCAAGGAUCAGUGACGCGUCCUCUGGAGAUAUGGAGCGAUGAGUUGACUGAGAGUGCGAAAGGCGAGAAAUUUGCGGUUCCCCAGGAUAGGCAGCGCAAGGGUAGUCCAGCGUUCCCUCUCACGCUUGCGACGGGUACAGAUCCACUUGCGUAUAUUGACGAUCUGAGCUUUGUGGAUCUGUCGCCGGUGGCUGAGGAGUUCUUGUUCGAGUUUCCAGACUGCUAA